UAUCGAUUGUCAAAGAAAAUUUUCCGUCAUACAGACAAAAACUUGUCUCGGGAAAGAAAUUUAUUUUUGUAUUAUUCCAAACGGAAUUCAAUAAAAUAUUCAAAAGAAAUAGUUCAUAGGUUUGCUGAAAUUGAACGAUUAUCAUUUAUUUGAAAUGUUGGAGGAAAGAUCUUAGGUGGGUUACAACGAUGAUUUAGUGCAACGCAAAGGCCUAACUGAAGACAACUCUGCGAGUAUACAAGUAUAAACAACAACAACGCUUGAUGUGCUUCUCGUAUCAUAACUAGCAUUUAGAAACAAGUAAAAGUUUUCCGUGUUUUUACGAUAUCACUCUAUUCUAUCUACAUUCUGCUAAGGAGUCAGGUCUUGUUAUUGGCAGCGGUGAAACGGUGUUGCCAAGAAAGUUUUCCAAAUGAUGUUGUCAUCUAUAAAUAACUCCUUUGAGCAGGAUACACAUGAUGUUGAUGGCAAUUGUGAUGGACCUGAUUUAGAUUUUGUUUAUGCUGAUGUAGAUACUUAUCAAAAUGAAAUUGCCGAACUAUAUAGUUAUACAGAAUUUAAUGAACUUCAGCAAAAUGUUAAAGCAUUCGAAGAUCAAAUGGAAAUGUAUGACUUGCCACCUAAUUGGCAAAAACAGGACAGCUCAUCACAGCGCAGUAUUAUAAUGAAAUUGAUAGAUCAACUAGAAGUUUCAAGCCGAGCGUUUCGAAUGCAGGCAGCCCGUUGCAUACUAUAUUUAGCACAAGGAUGUUGGGCGGAAGUUCAAUCUGAUGAAGAACAACAUCAGAUCACACGAGACAAUAUAAUUGUAUUAUAUGAAUUGGGAGUUUUUUCGUCUUUUAUAGAUCUGCUUAACAUGGAAAUAGAGAGUGCAUGUUCUCCUGAUAUUGUUGCUGUUAAAAUCACGAAUGUUACAUUGGUAGACUCGACCGACUUACGAGUAAUCCUUUCGGUAUUGUACAUAAUAGCGGAAACUAUUCGCGAUGAGUAUGACAAGGGAAGUGAGGAUUACAAAAAUAUUGCCGAAGCUUUCAUACAAGAAAUAAAUAGUCCACUACCUGACGGUGAAUUGCUUGCUGUCAAACUUUUGGGAAUGAUAACUCGCUUUUGUAGUGGCGCCGCACCACACUUUCCCAUGAAAAAAGUCGUUCUAUUAUUGUGGAAAAUAACAUUAUUGGGAUUAGGUGGAAUGGAGAAGUUAAAAAACCUUAAAAAUGAAUAUCGUAUUAAAGCUGGACUUGAGCCGGUUACUGAGGAUACACUGGAAGUCACGAAAAAUAUGCGUGCCAGCUCACCACCAGCAACUGCUACAGAUAUUUUGGAUAAUCAAAAUCCCAAACGAAAUGCAUUUAGACGAUCAUUGAUGAAGCAACGUUUUCUUGAUGAGCAAGAACAGAUGGACAUGGAAUUAACACCAGGUAAUGAAAGUGCACCACCAAACAAUAACGGUGGAAAUGGAAAUCAAGAGGAAGAUAUAUCCCAGUUUUAUCGCCAGUUCGAAGAUCCAUCUGCAAACACUGCAAACCCUAAUAAUCAGCCGAGCUUCUCACAGCCACCACCCGUACUACCGGUACAAGUUACAACACGUUUGCCAUGGACUCCAAAAGUAAGGCAAAAGGAUAUAGAUCAAUUCCUGGAUAUAUCUCGAAAUAAAUUUAUUGGUUAUUCGUUGAUUGACGAUCACGAGAGCCUUGCGGGACUGCCACAACCAAUACAUGAAGGCGUUCAGACUUUGCGACGUCACAUGUACGUGAGCCUAGCAGAUGUGCAAAUAAAAAAAGAAGAAGAAAUUGCCCGAAAUCCGAUCUCUACACAAGAAGACGAAAUCCCAUUAAAUCCCGCCGAAGUACUUUAUCAGGCGAUUCUACCGAAUUUGCCACAAUACAUGAUUGCAUUGCUGAAGGUUUUAUUGGCUGCAUCACCCACUUCAAAAUCGAAAACGGAAAGCAUUAAUAUAAUGGCAGAUGUUUUACCGAAAAAAAUGCCAAUAACGGACUCGCAGAAACUAACCGUUGACAUGAGUAGGCAUAAGGAAAUAAUUGUGAAAGCGGUCUCAGCUAUCAUUCUGCUAUAUUUGAAACAUUUCAAAAUUAACCACAUUUACCAAUUCGAAUUUAUGUCGCAGCAUCUUGUAUUCGCCAAUUGUAUACCUUUGGUGCUCAAGUUCUUCAAUCAAACUAUCACCGAAUAUGUAGGUAUGAAGAACACUAUACCACUAUUGGAUUUCCCUUCCUGUGUAAUUGGAGAACAGCCAGAUUUAUCGGGCGAAAGCUUCGUUUAUAGCGGCGAAACCGCUGACAAGCCUUACUAUUCUUGGCGUAACGUCUUUUCCUGUAUUAAUCUCUUACGAAUACUUAAUAAAUUAAUUAAGUGGAAACAUUCGCGAGUUAUGAUGUUAGUCGUCUUCAAAUCGGCACCAAUUCUCAAGAAAACUUUAAAGGUUCGCCAUGCUAUGAUGCAGUUAUAUGUAUUGAAGCUACUUAAAAUGCAAACCAAAUAUUUGGGACGCCAAUGGCGCAAGUCUAAUAUGAAGACAAUGAGUGCCAUUUAUGCGAAAGUAAGACAUCGCCUUAACGAUGAUUGGGCUUUUGGCAAUGACUUGGAGUCGCGUCCAUGGGAUUUUCAGGCUGAAGAAUGUACAUUGCGUGCCUGCGUAGAUCGUUUUAAUUUGCGGCGCUAUCCCGAAGCUACACAAAAAUGUGGUGCAGGUGGCAACAAUGGAAAUUCCGGAAAUUCAGAUAACUCUUCGGGUAAUAUAGGAGGCGGUACAGGAAGUGGUAAUAACAUGGCUGGUGGUGGAAAUGAGGCUAACGGUUUCGGCAGUAGUGGUACAGGCGGUGGCGGCAAUGGACACGCACAAUUGAAUGAUUAUGGAGUCGAGGGAGGCUUUCCAAGCGACGAAAUUCUAUCGCACUCAGAUUUUGCUUUCUUUGGACACUCAGGCUGGUGGGAUCGCAAAGUGGAAUUGACCGACUACUUCAAGGAAAAUUAUUCGAUAUGGCUAGAAGAAGAAGUUUACAAUAAUCAAAUUGAUUGGGAUGCGUUGUAAGAGGAAACGGAAACUGAAACUUCAAUCAAUUCAGUGUAAACACUGUACCGGCUACCGAAGUUAUUGACUAACUCAUAAAGUUUAACUACUAGAAUACAGACAGACACAUUAAUAAAAUAUAAUGGCACGCAGAAAUCGAAUACUUACCAACAUAAUAAAUAUAAUUUUUCAUAGAGA